AUGGCCAGCGUGGAUCUGGAGAAGCUGCGGACCACCGGGGCCGGCAAGGCCAUCGGCGUGCUGACCAGCGGCGGCGAUGCGCAAGGCAUGAAUGCCGCUGUCAGAGCCGUGACUCGUAUGGGCAUUUACGUGGGGGCCAAGGUCUUUCUCAUCUAUGAGGGCUAUGAAGGCCUCGUGGAGGGAGGCGAGAACAUCAAGCAGGCCAACUGGCUCAGCGUCUCCAACAUCAUCCAGCUGGGUGGGACCGUCAUCGGCAGCGCCCGCUGCAAGGCCUUCACCACGCGGGAGGGGCGCCGGGCGGCCGCCUACAACCUGGUCCAGCGCGGCAUCACCAACCUGUGCGUCAUUGGUGGGGACGGCAGCCUCACUGGUGCCAACAUCUUCCGCAGCGAGUGGGGCAGCCUCCUGGAGGAGCUGGUGAGCGAAGGCAAGAUCUCAGAGGGCACGGCUCAGACCUAUUCGCACCUGAACAUCGCGGGGCUGGUGGGCUCCAUUGACAACGACUUCUGCGGCACCGACAUGACCAUCGGCACAGACUCGGCCCUGCACCGCAUCAUGGAAGUCAUCGACGCCAUCACUACCACUGCCCAGAGCCACCAGAGGACCUUCGUGCUGGAGGUGAUGGGACGGCACUGCGGGUACCUGGCCCUGGUGUCUGCCCUGGCCUCGGGGGCCGACUGGCUGUUCAUACCCGAGGCGCCCCCCGAGGACGGCUGGGAGAACUUCAUGUGUGAGCGGCUCGGCGAGACUCGGAGCCGAGGGUCCCGCCUGAACAUUAUCAUCAUUGCUGAGGGCGCCAUCGACCGCAACGGGAAGCCCAUCUCAUCCCGCUACGUGAAGGACCUGGUGGUCCAGAGGCUGGGCUUCGACACGCGUGUGACUGUGCUUGGCCACGUGCAGAGGGGAGGGACCCCCUCGGCGUUCGACCGCAUCCUGAGCAGCAAGAUGGGCAUGGAGGCGGUGAUGGCGCUGCUGGAGGCCACGCCCGACACGCCGGCCUGCGUGGUCAGCCUCUCAGGGAACCAGUCCGUGCGGUUGCCCCUCAUGGAGUGUGUGCAGAUGACCAAGGAGGUGCAGAAGGCCAUGGACGAGAAGAGGUUUGACGAGGCCAUCCAGCUCCGAGGCAGGAGCUUUGAGAACAACUGGAACAUUUACAAGCUGCUUGCCCACCAGAAGAUCUCCAAGGAGAAGACCAACUUCUCCCUGGCCAUCCUGAAUGUGGGGGCCCCGGCAGCCGGCAUGAACGCGGCCGUGCGCUCGGCCGUGCGUUCUGGCAUCUCCCAGGGCCACACGGUAUAUGUCGUGCACGAUGGCUUUGAAGGCCUGGCCAAGAAUCAGGUGCAAGAAGUGAGCUGGCAUGACGUGGCUGGCUGGCUGGGGCGUGGCGGCUCCAUGCUGGGGACGAAGAGGACGCUGCCCAAGGGCUACUUGGAGAAAAUUGUGGAAAACAUCCGCCUUCACAACAUCCACGCCCUGCUGGUCAUUGGGGGCUUUGAGGCCUACGAGGGGGUUCUGCAGCUGGUCGAGGCCCGUGGGCGCUACGAGGAGCUGUGCAUUGUCAUGUGCGUCAUCCCCGCCACCAUCAGCAACAAUGUGCCGGGCACUGACUUCAGCCUGGGCUCCGACACGGCCGUCAACGCCGCCAUGGAGAGUUGUGACCGAAUCAAGCAGUCGGCCUCGGGGACCAAGCGCCGUGUGUUCAUUGUGGAGACCAUGGGUGGCUACUGCGGCUACCUGGCCACUGUGACUGGCAUCGCUGUGGGGGCCGACGCUGCCUAUGUCUUCGAGGAUCCCUUCAACAUCCAAGACUUAAAGGCCAACGUGGAGCACAUGACCGAGAAGAUGAAGACGGACAUCCAGCGGGGCCUGGUGCUCCGGAAUGAGAAGUGCCAUGAACACUACACCACAGAGUUUCUGUACAACCUCUACUCCUCCGAGGGCAAGGGCGUGUUCGACUGCAGGACCAACGUCCUGGGCCACCUGCAGCAGGGUGGGGCUCCCACCCCCUUUGACCGGAACUAUGGUACGAAGCUUGGGGUGAAAGCCAUACUCUGGAUGUCGGAGAAGUUGCGGGCAGUCUAUCGCAACGGGCGGGUGUUCGCCAACGCCCCUGACUCGGCCUGCGUGAUCGGCCUGCAGAAGAAAGCGGUGGCCUUCAGCCCUGUCACCGAGCUCAAGAAGGACACCGACUUUGAGCACCGCAUGCCCCGGGAGCAGUGGUGGCUGAACCUGCGGCUCAUGCUGAAGAUGCUUGCACACUACCGCAUCAGCAUGGCCGACUACGUGUCCGGGGAGCUGGAGCAUGUCACCCGCCGCACCCUCAGCAUCGAGACUGGCUUCUGA